AUGCGGACUGGGCGGGGAUCGCUGUCACCCAGAGAGGCUCGCAAAAGUGAACUAUUGCGACAGACAUCUUCGAGAAUCGCGGAAUGUGCUAGAGGACAGCGCCAUGGGCACGUCACCGUGCACCGUCUGGCACCUUGGACAGAAUCGCGACGAACGGACCCAAAACAUCAGCCAGAGGCGCCAUGUGCAGACUCCUUCCCGCGACCUCGGACCCACUGCCGUGCCAGCAUCCUCAUAUCCUCCAGCACCAUGCGGCACUACCCAUUGACCAGCUUGACACCCGCAGGCCAUGCAGGUCCUUUCCCCCCGAGACUUCGCAGCAGCGGGAGUCGCACCACCACCAGCACCACCAGCACCACCACCACCACCGCCGCUGUGACCUCCAGCAGCACGGGCUUGUAG